CACCAAACUCGCGAUUCCUAGUUGACAGCUGGUGGUAGUAAUGAUCGCGAGAGUUUGACUUCUCGUGGGCGUCACCGGCAGAAGAUGGAGGCCGCUGGGGCUUUCCCUGUCAAUAACAAAAUGAGAACUGGAGCUGGUGGCAUUGUACCAGGGGGGCCUCAGCCGGGAAAGGGCAGGGAGUACAACCGCAAUCAGCGCAAGGACUCCGAGGGUUACUCAGAGUCUCCAGAUCUAGAAUUUGUGUAUGCCGAUGCGGAUAAAUGGGCAGCUGAACUGUCAGAGCUGUACAGUUACACAGAGGGCCCAGAAUUCCAUCUGAACAGGAAAUGUUUUGAAGAAGACUUCCGAUUGCAUGUUCCAGAUAAAAAAUGGACAGAACUGGAUGUGUCCCAGCAGCGGGCUUACACCAUGCGGCUACUGGAUGCGCUGGAGGUAACUGCCAGAGAGAAAAGGCUGAAGGUGGCCAGAGCUAUUCUUUAUGUAGCACAAGGAACAUUUGGAGAGUGCAGCUCAGAGGCAGAGGUUCAGUCCCUGAUGCGACACAACAUCUUCCUACUACUGGAAGCCGGUACAUUCAGUGCUCUCGUGGAGCUUCUCAACAUGGAGGUUGAAAACAGUGCAGCUUGCAGCAACGCGGUGAGGAAACCAGCAAUCUCUCUUGCAGACAGCACAGAUCUACGUGUUCUGCUGAAUAUUAUGUAUCUGAUUGUUGACACAUUGCGUGAGGAGGAAGAAGGAGACAGUGAGGAAUGGAAAGUUAUGCGGCAGACGUUUCGUGCAGAGCUGGGGUCUGCUCUGUAUAACAACGAACCUUUUGCUGUGAUGCUCUUUGGGAUGGUCACAAAGUUCUGCAGUGGUCACGCUCCUCAUUUUCCUAUGAAAAAAGUGCUGCUGUUACUGUGGAAAACUGUGCUGUGCACUCUUGGUGGGUUUGUGGAACUACAGGAAAUGAAAGCUCAAAAGCGGGAAGCACUGGGACUGCCUCCUCUCCCUGAAGAUAGCAUUAAAGUUAUUCGAAAUAUGAGAGCCGCCUCACCACCUGCAUCUGCUUCUGACCUUAUUGAACAGCAGCAAAGGAGAGGGCGGCGGGAGCAUAAGGCUCUCAUUAAACAGGAUAACUUGGAUGCAUUUAAUGAGAGAGACCCAUACAAAGCAGAUGAUUCUCGAGAUGACGAAGAGGAGAACGAUGAAGACAAUAGUCUAGAGGCGGAGCCUUUUCCACUAGAGCGGGAGGAGGUGAUGCCGCCAUCUGUAAAUCACCCUCCCGUUGAUCGUCUCUCUAUGCCAAAGGGAUUACCGUGGGCACCCAAAGUCAGGGAGAAGGAUAUUGAGAUAUUCUUGGAGUCGAGUCGUAGUAAAUUCAUUGGAUAUACUCUAGGAAGUGACACCGACACUGUGGUUGGGUUACCAAGGCCCAUCCAUGAAAGUAUUCGAACACUGAAGUUGCACAAGUACAUAUCAGUUGCUGAAGUACAGAUUCGACUGGAGGAGGAGUUUAUGAGAUCCCCACUUUCUGGGGGUGAAGAGGAGGUCGAACAAGUUCCUGCAGAGAUCCUGUACCAAGGGCUUCUUCCUAGUCUGCCCCAGUAUAUGAUUGCAUUGUUGAAGAUCCUGCUCGCUGCUGCUCCUACGUCCAAAGCUAAGACCGAUUCUAUUAACAUUCUGGCAGACGUGCUGCCCGAAGAGAUGCCCACCACCGUUCUGCAGAGCAUGAAACUUGGAGUAGAUGUGAAUCGUCAUAAGGAGAUUAUUGUUAAGGCUAUUUCUGCAGUACUUCUGCUUCUGUUGAAACACUUCAAGCUUAAUCAUAUCUAUCAGAUGGAAUACAUGGCCCAGCACCUGGUCUUCGCAAACUGUAUUCCUUUAAUCUUAAAAUUCUUUAAUCAAAAUAUCAUGUCCUACAUCACAGCCAAAAACAGUAUUUCAGUCCUGGAUUAUCCAUACUGCGUGGUCCAUGAUCUACCAGAGCUCACUGCAGAGAGCCUGGAAGCAGGGGAUAACAAUAGAUUUUGCUGGAGAAAUUUGUAUUCCUGUAUAAAUCUACUGCGCAUCCUAAACAAGCUGACAAAAUGGAAGCACUCCAGGACAAUGAUGCUUGUGGUUUUCAAGUCUGCUCCUAUCCUGAAACGAGCUUUAAAAGUUAAACAAGCAAUGAUGCAGCUGUAUGUAUUGAAACUGCUCAAAGUCCAGACCAAGUACUUGGGCCGACAGUGGAGAAAGAGCAACAUGAAAACAAUGUCAGCAAUUUACCAGAAAGUUCGUCAUCGUCUGAAUGAUGACUGGGCCUAUGGAAAUGAUCUUGAUGCCCGGCCUUGGGAUUUCCAGGCAGAGGAAUGUGCCCUGAGAGCCAACAUUGAACGUUUCAACUCUCGGCGCUAUGACCGGACACACAAGAACCCAGAUUUCCUCCCUGUAGACAACUGUCUCCAAAGUGUCCUUGGGCAGCGCGUGGAGCUGCCAGAGGACUUUCAGAUGAACUAUGACCUCUGGCUGGAGAGAGAGGUGUUUUCUAAACCUAUAUCAUGGGAGGAACUGCUGCAGUAAUUUGUAAUGAAGUGGUUAAUUGUUCGCAGCCCCCAAGUCUCUAAACACUACUUUCUGUUCUACAAUGGUCUUGAGGGGAAUUUGCAGAUUUGUUUACUGCUUCUAUGAUCGAGUUCUUUUCCAGCUCUGUGUUAAAUAUAAAACUAUGUAAAACCUCUGGACACUCCUUUUCACAGUUUAAUGUGAAAGCACAAUGUAGUGGCUGACCGAGCCUAUAUCAAAUAUUGCUGACACCCAGCUCAAUAUGUCACAUUCCUCCUAUUUAUCUAACAAGAACCCAGCUAUUUAAAGUGUAUUUGUAAAAUUAGAAUGUGUUUAAAACAAGCGAGUGAGUUGCGAGACAAUGAAUAUACCAAUUUAUCAGGUUUUACCCUAUUAUAUGAAUUUUAUCUUUGUUUCUUGUGUCCUUUCUGCCGAUUUUUUUUUUUUUUGUUCUGUUUUUUUUGUUUGUUUUUUAAGAUGGAUUGAAUGAUUGUAAUUAAUUUGUCAGAGCAAUUGCUCAGUGAGACUGAAAGCUGUCAGAUAAUCUGAGAUUAUUUGGUUUUACUUGAAUACAUUUAUCUGUACUCGUUGCGAGUUGGUUCAUAGAGUUCCAGCAGUAAUAUAACCCUGUGUCAUUUAAAUAUACUGUGUGUAAAUUGAAUACUGACUGGAAUAAGCCCCCUCUACAUGAAAUGAUUUAAACAAUCACAUCUUUAGAUUUUCUGGGCAUUUACAUGUGGUUUUUCAAUUAACUUUAAACUACACUAUUUUACAUUCUUAUCCAUAAUUGUUUUUUGGGCGAAACUACACUAUUUUACAUUCUUAUCCAUAAUUAUUUUUUGGGCGAAAAUUGGUUUUAUGUCUAGGGAGCUGAGAACCACUUAUUUUUUAAUAUCUACAAACAUAUUUAUUAAGAAGAGUUAAUAUUUGGAAAACAGAACCUAAAAAAACACAUUCACAAAUCCACCAGGGAUGCUAAAUUGAGAGAAACAUGUUUUUUAGAGCUGAAUUACUGGUGAGGAUUUUUAAAUGCAUUAGAUACAUUUUUUCAUUCCAUUCGUUAUUCCUUAAUAUAUUAUUGCGAUCAUGUGUUUUUAAGAAAUACAAUAGCAAGUUCUUGCAGGAUAAAGCUGCUUUAUGAAAUAUAAUUAAGGGCCUCUGUACCAGUCAGUAUUAGUUUCUGCAGAAAACAAGGCCAGUUAAAGAUGUGGCUAUGGACUUGUAGACUUCCAAAUGAAAGCAUGUUAAUACAUUUAAACAGGGGUAAAAAGGUUCUUGCCUGGUUAAGUAAAGAUGAAGCCAGCAUAGGACAUGACCCUAUUCCAAAAGUAUGUGUGUGUGAGAUCUGUAGUAAAUGGAGGUGAAAAGAUACAACAAUGCGCAUCAGUUGAUAAAUAUUAUUUUAUUUUGUGUAAUUGCAAUAUUUUAUAAUAAAUAUAUAAAAAGCC